AUGAGAUAUAAUAUAACUGAGGAUAACAUUAAUACACUUAUUGGUUCAAUUUUAUCAUACGAAUGUCAUAAAAUUUUUGGUGAUCGUCUUAUAAACAAUGAACAUAGGAUUGAUUUAGAUAAUAUAUUAUCAUCUACAUUAGGAAAUAUUGGACAUCAAAAUUCAUUUUUUAUUUCUUCAUCAACAACAAAUUCUAUUCCAUCAGUAGGAAGGAUGCUUCAAAUGAUUAGUGAAAAAGAUUACAAAGUAUUACUAGAAAAAGCUGUAGGAAGAUAUCAAUUUGAAAUAUCAAAUUUUAAUCAUACACUUCAUCAAGAAUUUAUUUCACUUUCAGCAUCAAUAGAUAGGAUAUUAUCACAACCUGGUGGAAGUUUACUCCUAUGUGGUGUUUCAGGUAUUGGACGUUGUGAAGCUACUAAUAUUGUUGGACAUAUGCAAAAAAUGAAAAUAUUUUCACCGAGAAUUACUUCAAAUUAUGGAAUCAAACAAUUUUUCAAUGAUUUAAAAGUUAUUAUUGGAUGGGUUAGUAUUGAUAAUCAACAAGUACUUUUAAGACUUGAAAAUCAUCAAUUAAUAAAUAAUUUUUUUUUGGAAGCUGUCAAUUCACUUUUAACAUCUGGAACAGUACCUGGUUUAUUUAAUCAACAAGAAUUAGAUGGACUUAUUAGUCAAUUAAAUGAUUUAGCCUCUCAAGAAGGAUAUAGAAAAGAUUUAUAUUCAUUUUUAUCAUACAAAGUUAGGCAAAAUCUUCAUAUAGUUGUUAUCUUAAACAUUGAUAAUCCUGAUUUUGAUAAAUUAUUAUCUUCAAAUCCAGCUUUAUAUAAAGAAUGUUCUGUUAUAUGGAAAGAAUUUUGGAAUGAAUCUACAUUAAGAAUGAUUCCAUCACUUAUGUUAAAAAAAAUUAAUUUUAAUGAAACUAUUAAUGUUGAUAAUAUUGGUUCAACAUUUUUAUCUAUAUUUAAUACAAUAGAUUCUUCUAUUCGAACUCCAGCUAAUUAUACAAAAUUUGUUGAAAAUUUCGUAUAUAUUUUUAAUAAAAAAUAUGAUUUUGUUAAUAAAAGAUUAAGUCGUUUGAAAGCUGGUAUUGAAAAGUUGACAGAAACAAGAGAUUCUGUAUCGAAACUUCAAAAAGCUGCAGCUUUAAAAUCAAAAAAAUUAGCUUCAAAACAAAAAGAAGCGGAUACUGCACUUGUAGCUAUUACACAAUCAAUGUCUGGUGCUACAGAUCAAAAAGCUGAUAUGGAACAAUUAAAAGAAGAUGUAGAGAAAGAAAGUAUUAGAAUUGAAGAACAGAAAAAAAUUAUUGAUAAACAAUUAUUUGAGGUAGAACCAUUAUUAAAAGAAGCAAGGAAAGCUGUAAGUGCAAUAAAAUCUGAAAGUUUAAGUGAAAUAAGAAGUUUACGUGCCCCACCUGAAGCAAUUAGAGAUAUUCUUCAGGCAGUUCUUUUAUUUAUGGGUAUAAUGGAUACAAGUUGGGAAGCAAUGAGAAAAUUUUUAGGAAAAUCUGGUGUAAAAGAUGAAAUAAUAAAUUUUGAUGCAAGGAAAAUUACUACAACUGCAAGUAAUAAAGUAAGUAACUUAAUGAAACAAAAAUCUGCAUCAUUUGAAGAAAAAAAUGCAAAAAGAGCAAGUGUUGCUGCAGCACCAUUAGCGUCUUGGGUUAAAGCUAACUUACAGUAUGCAGAAAUACUUGAAAAAAUACAACCUUUAGAAAAAGAAAAGGAAAAAUUAAUAAAAAAUUUACAAAAAAGUAAAAAUCAAAUGGAUAAUUUGUCUAAAGGUUUAACAACAAUUGAUGCAAAAGUAGGGCAAUUAAAAGAAAAUUUUGAAGAAUUAAUGAAAGAAGCAACUCAAAUAAAAAUUGAUCUUGAAAAAGAACAAUCAAUUAUUGCAACAGCAGAAACAUUAGUAAAUAGAUUAGAGGGAGAAUAUAAAAGAUGGAAUGAACAAAAUGAAGUAUUACAAAAAGAAUUAAAUGAACUUGAAAGUAAAAGUAUCCUUGCAGCAGGAUUUGUUACUUUUAUGGGAACAUACUCUGAAGAUUUACGUUCAUCUAUGAUUGAUGAAUGGUGUAAAAGUUUAAAUAUUGAAACUUUUAGUUUAUCUAAGUUUUUAGUCUCAGAUAAUGAAAUAUUAAAUUGGAAACGUAAUGAAUUACCAAUAGAUCAAUUGUCAAUAGAAAAUACGGCAAUUAUUUUUAAUGUUGUAGAUUAUUGUCUUAUUAUAGAUACAACAGGAAGAAUACCAGAUUUUUUAUAUAAACAAUUACAAGAUAAUAAUGUUGAGGUAAUUAAAGCUGGAAGAAGUGAUUUUCUUCUUCAAAUAGAGCUUGGUGUUCGUUUUGGUAAAACUAUUAUUGUACAUGAUGUUGUAGAAAUUGAACCUGGAAUUGUUGAAUUAUUAAAAAGAACAAUUUCUACACAGGGACCCAGACAAGUUGUCCAAAUAGGUAGUAAUGAUAAAGUUGACUUUAAUCCAGCAUUUAAAUUAUUUUUAUGUACUAAAAAUCCACAAAUAAAACUUCCAUCAUACAUUUCUUCAAUAGUAACAGAAAUUAAUUACUCAACAACAAAGAGUGGAUUAACAGCUCAGUUACUUUCAUUAUCAAUAUCACUUCAAAAACCUGAAUUAGAUAAAAGAUCAAGUGAAAUAACUAGUGAAACAGAAAAAAUGCAAAUAAAACUUCAUGAACUUGAAAGUGUUCUUCUUAAUGAGUUAGCUAACAGUACUGGAAGUAUUAUUGAAAAUAAACAAUUACUUGAUUCAUUAAAUGAUUUAAAAGAAAAUUCAGAAAAAAUUAGUAUUGCUUUAGAUGAAAGUAGACAAUUACAGGAAGAAUUAAAUAAAGAAAGAAAUGUUUAUUUAGAAUUGGCAAAUAAAUCUUCAGCUUUAUAUUUUGCUAUAAAAGAUCUUCAUAGACAAAAUAAUAUGUAUAAUUUUGGUGUUAAUACAAUAAUAAAAUUAUUUAAAAAAGUUAUCAUUGAAAAUGGUAAGGAUGAAAUUAAUGGAAAAUUAGAAAAUUUAUAUAAAAUAUUAAGACAAAGAGUUUUUAUUUAUGUUAGUAGAGGUUUAUUUAAAGCUAAUAGAUUAAUGUAUACAAUUAAUUUUAUUCAUAAAACAAAACCUGAAUUAUUUCAAAAAAAUGAAUGGAAUUUUUUUAUUGGUACAUUAGAAGAAAAUGAAGAAAGUAGUAAUAAACAUUCAUUAAAUAUUUCAUGGUUACCUGAAGAUAGAUAUUCUUCUGUUAGAAAACUAGAACAAUUUCUUCCAAAAAUGUAUAGUUUAUUAAAGUUAUCUGAUCAAGGAACAUGGAAUGAUUUUUCAAGAACAAUAAAUGCUGAAAAAAAUAUACCAUCUUCUAUUGAAUCAUCAUUAUCAUUAUUUCAAAAAGUUAUUUUAAUUCAAACUAUUAGACCUGAUAGAUUACAUACAGCUCUCAAUAAUUUUGCCUGUGAAGCAUUAGGAAUUGAUACUAUAAAUCCUCCACCAUUAAAUUUAAAAGAAAUAUUCGAAGUAGAUUCAAAUGAAAUUGAUCCUAUACUUAUUUUAACAGGUCCUGGAGCAGAUCCAUCACAAGAUUUAGAAGAAUUAGCUUCACAAAUUAUAGGUUUAGAGAAAUAUAUUCAAAUAUCUAUGGGACAAGGUCAACAAGAAAUAGCUAUAAAAAGUUUAGGAAAAGCUUGUGAAGAGGGAUUAUGGUUAUGUAUAAAAAAUAUUCAUUUAAUUCCACAAUUUUUAAUACAACUUCAAAAAGAAUUAGCAAUGAUUACUCAAAGAAGUAGUUUAUUUAGAUUAUGGAUAACAUCAGAAUGUGAUGAAUCAUUUCCAGCAACACUUGUACAAGAUUCUUUAAAAAUUACUUUUGAAUCACCACCAGGUUUAGAUAAUAAUAUAAAUAGAACAUAUACAGGUUGGAUACAGGGAUUAUCUUCAAAUGAAUAUAUUUUUGAUACUGUCAAACAACAGGCACUUUUUAUGAUAUCAUAUAUUCAUGGUCUUCUUCAGGAAAGGAGAACAUUUAUUCCUCAGGGAUGGGGUAAUUUUUAUGAAUUUUCUAAUGGAGAUUUAAGAGCAGGAAAAAAUAUUGUUGAAAAGAUGUCAUUUAAUGACAAAGAUGACAUAGAUUGGAAAACUUUUAAAGGUUUAAUAAGUUUAGUUGUUUAUGGAGGAAGAAUUUUAAAUGUUCUUGAUAAUAAAAUUUUAUUAGCAUAUUUAGAUAAAUACUUAAAUAGUAAUUAUAUUAAUGGAACUGAAAAAGGAGAACUUUUUAAAAAUGUUAAAAUGCCAGCAUAUAAUAAUAUAUGCCAAUAUAAAGAAUGGAUUAAAAAAAAUCUUAGAAAUGAAAGUGAAAUACAAUUAAUAAUGUUAGGUUUACCAUUAAAUAUAUUAUCUUCAUGGGAGAUAACAGAAAGUAAGGAAACUUUAAAACAGUUAAAGUCACUUGAAUUAUCAACAGUUAAUUUUGAUACUUUUAAUAGAAGUAUAUGGAGUGAAAAUUUAAAACCAAUUCUUCAUUUAUGGAAAUCAUUAAAUUCAAAUGAAAGCUUUCAUAAUGCAAAUAUUCCAGAAGUAGAACCAAAUGAUAAUCCAAUUAUUGAAACAAUACAAUCUGAAUUCUCAUUUGCUUUGACACUUCUUCAACAGAUUCAUUCAGAUCUUUCAAUUAUUAGUAAAUCUGUCAAAGGAACUUUACCAAUUGAUAAUAAAAUAAAAAAAUUAUGUAUUACUCUUAUGACAUUACAAGUUCCAAUUUCUUGGAGUGGUAAAUGGGAUGGUCCUCAAGAUUUAUUACAGUACAUGAAAGCAGUUGUUGGAAAAACAAAAUCAGCUAGAAAUUUAGUUAAUACGAUAUCAACAAUAACUGUUAAUAAUUUAUCUUUUGACUUAUCUGAUUGGUUAAGACCAUCAAGAUGUUUAAAUGCUUUAAGACAAUUAACAGCAAGGAGGAGUAAUAUAAGUUUAGAUCAAUUAAAAUUAGCUACUAGUUGGAAAAAUUCAUUAGUAAAAAGUGAAUAUAUUGCUGAAAUAAAAGGCCUUCAAAUAGAGGGAGCUUUGUUUAAUGGAGAAAAAUUAACAGAAACUUUGUCAAAUUCUCCUCCUGUUAAUAAUGUUCCAACAUUAUUUGUUGCAUGGAUUCAAAUAACAUCACCUGAUGUAUAUGAUGAAAAAAAUAGUAUUGAUGCUCCAUUAUAUGAAAAUAAUUCAAGAGAAAAUUUGGUAACAACUGUUCAAUUACCUUUUGAUAAUGAAAAUGACAAAAUAAAAUGGAUGUUAAUAAAUGUAGCAUUGUUUCUAAGAGAAAAUACUUUUUAA